AUGUCUUUGAACUCGGCACUAGUCAAACAACAGGUCUAUAUCAACGGUGCGUGGGCCGAUGCAGAUAGCGGCCAGACAAUCGCUGUCGCCAAUCCCGCGACCGGCGAGAGUAUCGGGACCAUUCCUUACUGCGGCCGUUCCGAAACGGCUCGGGCAAUCGCGGCUGCGGAAGCUGCAUUCCCGGCCUGGAAAGCCCUGACCGCCGAGGCACGCGCCGACUUUAUGCACAAGUUGUGCGAUGCCGUCAUGGAUCAGCUGGAUGACCUCGCGGUGUUGCUGACCACAGAAAUGGGCAAGCCGCUCGCGGAGGCCAAGGGCGAAAUCACGCUUGGGGUGAAAUAUAUCCGUUUCUUCGCUGAAGAAGGCAAACGCAUAUAUGGCGACACGAUCCCCUCGCCCUGGGCAGACCGGCGGAUCCUCGUCACCAAGGAACCAGUCGGCGUUGUUGCUUCCAUCACGCCGUGGAACUUCCCGAACUCCAUGAUUGCACGCAAACUGGGUGCAGCCCUGGCGUCCGGUUGCACAAUGGUCAUGAAACCGGCGGAGUUCACACCCUAUUCAGCGCUGAUCUACGGUCUCGUGGCGGACAAGAUCGGUCUUCCUGCCGGUGUCCUCAACAUCGUUACCGGGGACGCGCCGGCGAUCGGCGAGGAAAUGUGCGAAAAUCCGGCGGUCCGCAAGAUCACAUUCACCGGCUCGACCCGGGUGGGGAAACUGCUGGCCGCAAAUGCCGGCAAGAACAUGAAGAAGAUUUCGAUGGAACUUGGUGGAAAUGCGCCGUUCAUCGUCUUCGACGAUGCCGAUCUCGACAGGGCGGCAAACGGCGCCAUUGCCAGCAAGUUUCGCAAUUCCGGCCAGACCUGCGUCUGCGCCAACAGGUUCUAUGUACAGGCCGGCGUGUACGACGCGUUUGCAGAAAAGCUCAAAUCCGCUAUGGCGGAACAACUGACCGUGGGCAACGGUCUGGAAGACGGUGUUACACAGGGUCCCCUGAUCAACGAAGCUGCGGUUGAAAAAGUCGCCGCACACGUUCAGGACGCGCUGGACAAGGGCGGUACGCUGGUGACCGGUGGCCACCGGCCCGACCGAACCGGCACCUAUUUUGAGCCGACGCUUGUUACCGGAGCCAGCCAGGACAUGAAGGUGGCGCAUGACGAAACCUUCGGCCCGCUUGCCGCCCUGUUCAAAUUCGACACGGAAGACGAAGCCAUCAAGCUGGCCAACGACACCGAAUACGGCCUUGCCUGCUAUUUCUAUGCACAGGAUCUUGGCCGCUGUUUCCGGGUGAUGGAGGCGCUCCAAUACGGUCUUGUCGGUGUCAAUGAAGGUGUCAUAACGACCGAAGUCGCACCAUUUGGAGGGUUCAAGGAGAGCGGCAUCGGCAACGAGGGUUCCAAGUACGGGCUCGAUGACUAUCUCAACAUCAAGUACAGCUGCCUUGGUGGCCUGGGAAUGUAG